ACAGUUAUCUGCGUUUUACCAGCGUUUUGUUACUUUGGUCGUUUACGCUACAAUUUUUUAUUACAUAGGUGGAGGGUUUUCCAGUGAAAUCCACUACCACGAUGAAACUCGUUAGAUUUUUGAUGAAAUUGAGCCAUGAAACGGUCACUAUUGAGCUGAAAAAUGGCACCCAGGUCCAUGGCACCAUCACAGGUGUGGACGUCAGCAUGAAUACCCACCUGAAAGCGGUGAAGAUGACCCUGAAGAACAGAGAGCCCACCCAGCUAGAGUCCCUGAGCAUCCGUGGCAACAAUAUCCGCUACUUCAUCCUGCCAGACAGUCUUCCACUCGACACCCUGCUGGUGGACAUAGAGCCCAAAAUCAAGUCGAAGAAGAGGGAGGCAGUGGCUGGUCGUGGCCGGGGAAGAGGACGGGGGCGUGGUCGAGGGAGGGGCCGUGGAAGAGGUGGACCUAGGAGAUGAACCUGUUCAGCAUCUUUUUUUUUCCCGUGUACAGGAGUUUUCUCUGAAAAUAUUGUUUCUCUCCUUUGUUUUGUAUAUUAAACUCUAUUUGCCUUUUGAAAAA